AUGGAAGAUACACAAGUUAGCACAGAUGAUCAAACGUUUGGAUGCAAGCAUUACAAACGAAAGCAUAAUAUUGAAGCGGUGAAAUGUCUUGAAUGAGAACACGUCCAAAAGCCUGAUCAGACUUGUGAGAACUGUGGAAUCGAAUUUGCUAAAUAUUUUUGUCCUAAAUGCAACCUUUUUGAUGAAGAAGGCGAAACUGUUGGAUUAUUUCAUUGUGACGACUGUGGAAUCUGCAGACAAGGAGGUAGAGAAAAUGCUUAUCAUUGCAAAGAAUGAGAUAUCUGCAUGUAUCUGAGUAUGAAAGAUUUGCAUCAAUGUGCAAAUUAUAGAGAUACCCAGUGACCAAUCUGUUUUGAAAAUUUUUACGGAGUCAGAGAUGGUAGUUGACGUCUAGAAUGCGGUCAUGUUCUUCAUUCUGAAUGUUAUGAUGAAUACUUUAAAAAUAGUAUAUCUUGUCCAAUUUGUAAGAAGUUUCCCUACCCUGACUCUAUUAAAGAACUGAUAUAUUCAAGUAUCGAGCAGCAAAUUGAAGAUACUGCAAUGGGUGAGGAGUUAAGCAACCGCAAAGAUGACAUAAUUUGCAACGACUGAAAUCAAUACUCCAGUGCAAGUUUUAACAUUAUUGCUCUGAAAUGUUUGCAUUGUGGUGGGUAUAACACCUCUCGAGUGAAGUCCUAA